AUGUGCCUGCAGUGCGGCGCGGCGGUGACGCCGCAGUGGAGGUCGGGGCCGAUGGGGCAGGGCACGCUCUGCAACGCCUGCGGGGUCCGGCUCAAGGCGGCCGGGGCGCUGCGGGGGCAGGUGCAGCGCCACCCCACGCCGGCGACCGCGAGGACGCCCGCCCGGCCGCCCCCGCCGGACAGCCCGGUCUCGGAGUCGUCGCCCGACAGCCCGAUCUGGGAGCCCGGGUCAGUUCCCGAUGUUUACCUGGUGAGGAAGAAGCCUCUGAAGCGGGGGAGACCUCCGCCACGUCCGAGGACGGAACCCGCGCUGGCGCCCGCGCCAGCGGUGUACCUUGUCAAGAAGAAGAAGAAGAAAAAGGCGGCGGCUUCGGCGAGGAAGCCGUGGCGGCCCACGAAGUCGGCGAAGCAGUGCCUGCACUGCGGGUCGUCGUCGACGCCGCAGUGGCGGGAGGGGCCGCUGGGCCGCAGCACGCUGUGCAACGCGUGCGGCGUGCGGUACAGGCAGGGGCGGCUGCUGCCGGAGUACCGGCCGAUAGCGAGCCCCACCUUCGAGCCGUCGGAGUACGCCAACAGGCACAGCCAGGUGCUGCAGCUCCAUCGGGAGCGGAAGAGGCAGAGCCAGAGCCACCACCACCAGCACCCUCUGCCCGCGGAGCAGCACCCUCCGCGAGCCAUGGACGUGCUCCAGUUUCCCCCCCAGCGGUGGCACGUGAAGGAGGAGUACCCGCCGACGCCGCUCCACCAGCCUCUGCACCACCCGGUGGUGGACGGCAGCCUUGCCGGUGGCGUUGGGGGCGGCAUGGUCGACGCGGCCGCAGAUGCAGAUGCAGGACACUGCGGCGGCGGCAAGGGAAGUGACCUGAACAACGCGCCGAGCUCGCUGGACUCACUGCUGCUCGAGGGCCCGUCGGCGCCGCUGCUUGUCGACGGCGACGAGCCCCUGAUCGACUAG